UCAUCCCUUCGCAUACUCGAACUGCUGCCCGGUAGAAAGGAUGAUGAGCUUGCAUUCCGCUUAGUCGUCGCUGACUGGAACAAUCGGCCAAUCUAUGAAGCAAUAUCCUACGCAUGGGGAAGCCCCGCAGAAAGAGUCUGGACGCCUCAUAACGGGAGAUAUAUACUGGUGCCACAGAAUCUCCUCGAUGGUCUUUGUCAGAUGUGCUUCCCCGAUCAGUCAAGACUUAUAUGGGCCGACUCCAUUUGCAUUGAUCAAAACAGUGAAAAGGAGAAGGCUGUCCAGAUUUCCAACAUGAGACGCAUAUACACACGCGCAACUCGUGUUCUUGUCUGGCUCGGG